AUGGAUGAGCAACGGUGGAAGGGCAAUGCCAACGACAACGAAAACACCAACAGUUGGCCGAAUGAGACAAGGUCAAGGCACAGAAACUGGAGCGCCGCCGCCCUGGGACCCGGCCCUACCAACUUGCAUCAACCCCUCGAGCUAAGUGCGAGAUCUAGCGUUGACUCCACUGUGGCAGCUCUUGCAUCUUCUUUAGGCAACGGUGACUUCGAGCCCUCCGAGGGAGGCUUCGGAGGGAUAACAGAGCUGUGGAUCAACGAGCGUGGACAAGGCGCCGCCACGACGGCAGCACAGGCCGGCGCGGAGCGCUCCCUCCUUUGCGGUGCCCACUGUAGCAUCCUUGUCGUUGGGAAGGGUGGACAGGGGUCGAAUGCAGGGAUGAGGUCGGUGGACGAGCCUCCAGCUCUUGGCCCGCAGCCCGGAACCUGA